CCUCAGAGCUCUGGCUUCACGUAAGUUUAUUAUUUUAUUUUCUGACAUUUGUUUCUCAUCAUAAUUAGGACAAAGCUUGUACAGUAAAAGUUUUGCUUUUUUUUUAUUUAUUUUUUUUACAUUUUUAUAGGAGUUUAGCAAAUGUCAUUAAAGGUAACAUGGAGUACCACUUCCAAGAUGGAGAUACCAAAAUACCUGUCAGCUUCCUCAAUGAGCUCAAAACACUGAGUGGUAUGUUAUAGAACAUUUAUGUGGUGUCACAGCUAAUUUCUAAACAAUUAAUGCAUGAUUUUAAAAUUUCUGUCUUAAUGACUUAUUUUUUUGCAGUCUCCUCUACAACCGUUCCUCCAACAUCUACAAGCAGUCUGGUGGUGACUUCUGAAACAACACCCUCUAUAAUGUAUGUUUCAGUCAUGGUAUUCAAAGUUAUUGAUUAGAGAUGUGUUCAUUGUGAAUUUACUUUGAAAAAUUGUUUUGCUUCCCUCUAGAUCUAGUUCAGCUGUGGUCACCACGAGGCUCGUCUUCAACUCCUCCUCUCCUGUCCCCAGUGAGAGUUUGGUCCUCAAUGCUACAAGAAAUCUGCUCAGCUCACGAUUCACAAAUAUCACCGAUUCUGUCAAAGUGCUCAAUGUUACCUAUGAGAGUAUGUUUCCUUUUUAGUUCCACAGUCUUGCUACAGCAAUCCAUUACGCCAUCCCACCUCCAUGAAUUCUCUGUCUUGAUCAUUGAUAUUAAUGCAUUUUCCUCACUUCACAGAAAUUACAGACACAUCCUAUGCAGUCAUCUUCACAUUCACCCUAACCAAUAUCAGCAUGCCAGACAAUAAAACUCUUGUUAACAACACAUACAGCCAGGUGCAGAAUACCAUUAACAAAGUGCUAAACACACUUCUGAAUGAACCUGAUGCACAACCAAUUGAACCUCAGAGCUCUGGCUUCACGAGUUUAGCAAAUGUCAUUAAAGGUAACAUGGAGUACCACUUCCAAGAUGGAGAUACCAAAAUACCUGUCAGCUUCCUCAAUGAGCUCAAAACACUGAGUGGUAUAUCUAGUUCAGCUGUGGUCACCACGAGGCUCGUCUUCAACUCCUCCUCUCCUGUCCCCAGUGAGAGUUUGGUCCUCAAUGCUACAAGAAAUCUGCUCAGCUCACGAUUCACAAAUAUCACCGAUUCUGUCAAAGUGCUCAAUGUUACCUAUGAGAUGCAUUUUCCUCACUUCACAGAAAUUACAGACACAUCCUAUGCAGUCAUCUUCACAUUCACCCUAACCAAUAUCAGCAUGCCAGACAAUAAAACUCUUGUUAACAACACAUACAGCCAGGUGCAGAAUACCAUUAACAAAGUGCUAAACACACUUCUGAAUGAACCUGAUGCACAACCAAUUGAACCUCAGAGCUCUGGCUUCACGAGUUUAGCAAAUGUCAUUAAAGGUAACAUGGAGUACCACUUCCAAGAUGGAGAUACCAAAAUACCUGUCAGCUUCCUCAAUGAGCUCAAAACACUGAGUGUCUCCUCUACAACCGUUCCUCCAACAUCUACAAGCAGUCUGGUGGUGACUUCUGAAACAACACCCUCUAUAAUGUAUGUUUCAGUCAUGGUAUUCAAAGUUAUAUCUAGUUCAGCUGUGGUCACCACGAGGCUCGUCUUCAACUCCUCCUCUCCUGUCCCCAGUGAGAGUUUGGUCCUCAAUGCUACAAGAAAUCUGCUCAGCUCACGAUUCACAAAUAUCACCGAUUCUGUCAAAGUGCUCAAUGUUACCUAUGAGAUGCAUUUUCCUCACUUCACAGAAAUUACAGACACAUCCUAUGCAGUCAUCUUCACAUUCACCCUAACCAAUAUCAGCAUGCCAGACAAUAAAACUCUUGUUAACAACACAUACAGCCAGGUGCAGAAUACCAUUAACAAAGUGCUAAACACACUUCUGAAUGAACCUGAUGCACAACCAAUUGAACCUCAGAGCUCUGGCUUCACGAGUUUAGCAAAUGUCAUUAAAGGUAACAUGGAGUACCACUUCCAAGAUGGAGAUACCAAAAUACCUGUCAGCUUCCUCAAUGAGCUCAAAACACUGAGUGUCUCCUCUACAACCGUUCCUCCAACAUCUACAAGCAGUCUGGUGGUGACUUCUGAAACAACACCCUCUAUAAUGUAUGUUUCAGUCAUGGUAUUCAAAGUUAUAUCUAGUUCAGCUGUGGUCACCACGAGGCUCGUCUUCAACUCCUCCUCUCCUGUCCCCAGUGAGAGUUUGGUCCUCAAUGCUACAAGAAAUCUGCUCAGCUCACGAUUCACAAAUAUCACCGAUUCUGUCAAAGUGCUCAAUGUUACCUAUGAGAUGCAUUUUCCUCACUUCACAGAAAUUACAGACACAUCCUAUGCAGUCAUCUUCACAUUCACCCUAACCAAUAUCAGCAUGCCAGACAAUAAAACUCUUGUUAACAACACAUACAGCCAGGUGCAGAAUACCAUUAACAAAGUGCUAAACACACUUCUGAAUGAACCUGAUGCACAACCAAUUGAACCUCAGAGCUCUGGCUUCACGAGUUUAGCAAAUGUCAUUAAAGGUAACAUGGAGUACCACUUCCAAGAUGGAGAUACCAAAAUACCUGUCAGCUUCCUCAAUGAGCUCAAAACACUGAGUGUCUCCUCUACAACCGUUCCUCCAACAUCUACAAGCAGUCUGGUGGUGACUUCUGAAACAACACCCUCUAUAAUGUAUGUUUCAGUCAUGGUAUUCAAAGUUAUAUCUAGUUCAGCUGUGGUCACCACGAGGCUCGUCUUCAACUCCUCCUCUCCUGUCCCCAGUGAGAGUUUGGUCCUCAAUGCUACAAGAAAUCUGCUCAGCUCACGAUUCACAAAUAUCACCGAUUCUGUCAAAGUGCUCAAUGUUACCUAUGAGAUCAUCUUCACAUUCACCCUAACCAAUAUCAGCAUGCCAGACAAUAAAACUCUUGUUAACAACACAUACAGCCAGGUGCAGAAUACCAUUAACAAAGUGCUAAACACACUUCUGAAUGAACCUGAUGCACAACCAAUUGAACCUCAGAGCUCUGGCUUCACGAGUUUAGCAAAUGUCAUUAAAGGUAACAUGGAGUACCACUUCCAAGAUGGAGAUACCAAAAUACCUGUCAGCUUCCUCAAUGAGCUCAAAACACUGAGUGUCUCCUCUACAACCAUUCCUCCAACAUCUACAAGCAGUCUGGUGGUGACUUCUGAAACAACACCCUCUAUAAUAUCUAGUUCAGCUGUGGUCACCACGAGGCUCGUCUUCAACUCCUCCUCUCCUGUCCCCAGUGAGAGUUUGGUCCUCAAUGCUACAAGAAAUCUGCUCAGCUCACGAUUCACAAAUAUCACCGAUUCUGUCAAAGUGCUCAAUGUUACCUAUGAGAUGCAUUUUCCUCACUUCACAGAAAUUACAGACACAUCCUAUGCAGUCAUCUUCACAUUCACCCUAACCAAUAUCAGCAUGCCAGACAAUAAAACUCUUGUUAACAACACAUACAGCCAGGUGCAGAAUACCAUUAACAAAGUGCUAAACACACUUCUGAAUGAACCUGAUGCACAACCAAUUGAACCUCAGAGCUCUGGCUUCACGAGUUUAGCAAAUGUCAUUAAAGGUAACAUGGAGUACCACUUCCAAGAUGGAGAUACCAAAAUACCUGUCAGCUUCCUCAAUGAGCUCAAAACACUGAGUGUCUCCUCUACAACCGUUCCUCCAACAUCUACAAGCAGUCUGGUGGUGACUUCUGAAACAACACCCUCUAUAAUGUAUGUUUCAGUCAUGGUAUUCAAAGUUAUAUCUAGUUCAGCUGUGGUCACCACGAGGCUCGUCUUCAACUCCUCCUCUCCUGUCCCCAGUGAGAGUUUGGUCCUCAAUGCUACAAGAAAUCUGCUCAGCUCACGAUUCACAAAUAUCACCGAUUCUGUCAAAGUGCUCAAUGUUACCUAUGAGAUGCAUUUUCCUCACUUCACAGAAAUUACAGACACAUCCUAUGCAGUCAUCUUCACAUUCACCCUAACCAAUAUCAGCAUGCCAGACAAUAAAACUCUUGUUAACAACACAUACAGCCAGGUGCAGAAUACCAUUAACAAAGUGCUAAACACACUUCUGAAUGAACCUGAUGCACAACCAAUUGAACCUCAGAGCUCUGGCUUCACGAGUUUAGCAAAUGUCAUUAAAGGUAACAUGGAGUACCACUUCCAAGAUGGAGAUACCAAAAUACCUGUCAGCUUCCUCAAUGAGCUCAAAACACUGAGUGGUAUGUUAUAGAACAUUUAUGUGGUGUCACAGCUAAUUUCUAAACAAUUAAUGCAUGAUUUUAAAAUUUCUGUCUUAAUGACUUAUUUUUUUGCAGUCUCCUCUACAACCGUUCCUCCAACAUCUACAAUCAGUCUGGUGGUGACUUCUGA